AGACCCAAUGCAUGGUGGCGCUGUUUAUUAUUGAAGAUCAAAUUUAUCGCAUAUCAAGUCCGAAUCCUAAACUUCGCUGCCUAAAGAUUGUACAAAAUGAAGAAGAUCGGGGCAUUCUUCGAGAAAAAGAAGACUGAUAUGAAAUUUAAGCAAGCUGGUCACGGAGUGAAGUUGAAUGAAAGCACACCACAGUCCAGCACAUCUGGUCAGCCCAGACCAGUAGCACCACGACUGGAGCCUAGUUGUAGCUCUCAGAUGGCUGGCCAAGCAGCACUAACUAGACUGGAUCCUGGUCCUGGUGCAUGUAGACCACGCUCUGCGGCUUCAGCUUCAAUCAAAGCACAAGUACAACUGGAUAAUGAAGCUAAACAAAAGCAAUUAUCAUCACAAGCACAGGGUGGGGCAACAGCCAAUCAAGACUAUAGUGACAAUCAAGCUGCUCUGCUAGUGUUAGGUGUCACUUUCAGGUGUAGAUGCUCUAUGAGAUUAAAGAAACCAGAAUUUGAGGCCCAUCUCACAGAAUGUCUUCUUAUGCAACUGGCCGAGGACCCACCUUCAGCAUCAGCCACCAUGGUAUACACACUCAACAAGGACAAAGGCAAGAUCAAAGUAGGGGUGGAUACAAUAUGCAAAUAUCUCGAUAAUGUGUGCCUGAAUCCAGGGGAAGAGAAGUAUCGUAAGAUCCGAUCAAGCAACAAGGCCUUUCAGGAAAGGAUUACCGGACUGGUAGGUGCAGAGGAGUUCCUUCAAGCUGUUGGCUUUGAGAGGAAGAUACUGCCUUAUGAAGAUUCUGAGACUGAUUUCUUUGUGCUGAAUGAGGAGAGAGCCUCAGACAUUGAUAGAUUGAAUGCUAUGAAGGAGCUCUUGAAGUCUGGUACUCCAUACAAACCAGUGCUGGAACGGGACAUGAAGGUUUACCAGCCGUCCCAAAGAGCAAGCCACUUCGAACUUCCAAGCGAAUUCUACAUGCUUACUCCAGAGGAAAUCAAAAAAGAACAACAGAUCAGGGCUGAGGUAAUUGAGCGUGGUUCAGUCCUACGAACGAAAGCCAUGAAGGAAGCCGAGUCCCAGAAGGCGCUACGUAGAUACCGCUAUGCUCUCAUCAGGGUGCGCUUCCCAGAUGGUGUCUUAUUGCAAGGUACUUUCUAUGCAAGGGACAAGCUUCGGACACUCAAGGAGUUUGUCCAGUCUCAGCUGGACAAUAGUUGGCAGCCUUUUAUCUUGACCGACCCAGGCAACAUCAAACUGACCGAUGAUGAUAAGAUGCUGGCUGAACUACAUCUGGCCCCUGCAGUAGUGAUCAACUUCUCGUGGGAUGCGGAGGUGAUGGCAGACAUCGCAGCAGCCAACCAGGGAGCCAUGAGGGUCACCUACCUUAAACCAGAUGCCAUGGGACAACUCCAACCACUCUAGAAAGACGUGACAAUCAAUAAGUGACAAAAGGGUGACAAAGGGUGACAAAGAGUGACAAAGAGUGACAAUCAUUGUUAACAAGGAUGGAAUGGUUAGAAGGAAGGAAGACGACUGGAGGAUAUGAACCGUACCGCUUGAACCACCAGCAGGUUACAAAUAUGAAAUCAUAUGCUACACCAAGACAUAUAGAAGAACAGUGAUGUGGUAUAGUGGUUCAUUCACUUGAUUCUCAAUCCAGGAGUUGAGGAGUUCGAAUCCUAGCCCAGCAAUAAUGACAUUAAUCCACAUUUUCCACUCUCCACCCAGGUGUAGAUGGGUACCUGGCAAUUGCUGUGGUAAUAAUAAUUGCUGGGCCCUUAUGAAGAACAUCGCAAAAGUUGAUGAGGCUUCCCUAAUAUAACAAAUGCUAAAUGCAGCUACUUAAAAGAUGAGCAAGGCUUAAAGGGUGAGGAGAAGAGGAAAGUCUGACAGAAAUGGCAUAGAUGUGGUUUCAGAAGAGGCAUUACAGAGACAAUGAAGAGGACAAACAUAUCCAUAUCUUGAUGAGUGUUUGUGCAUUUCUUGAAAUCAGGUGCUACUGGAUCUGCCUAAGGAGAGGGCCUUUUAAAUGAAAGAACUAGGUCAUUAUAGACUGAAGAAAAUUCAUUUUCUUAAGCUGAAACACCGGUAUUAAAAAAAUGGUGGUUAACUUGUCAACUCAUAAUUCAUGAUGUCCUGUUUAGGUGGCACCAAUGUAUGAAGAAAUUUAUACCUAGGUUUGUUGAUUACAUGUGUAUGUUAGUCAGUUCUAUUCAAUCUGCUAGAAUGAUGGAUUUGUCCUCUAAUGUUUACUUGAAUGGAUUCUGUAAUGGAAUGCUCCAUAACAAUGCUCCAAUCAUGCCAAUAUGUUUGUACCAAGGUUGUGACUUUCCUACAUUAGUUGCAUGGGAAUCCUUGCAUGUAUGUAACAGAUUAGCUUCUAAGAAUGUGCAAUAUUUAUUUACUUGGGUAAUAUUUACAAUUUACAUAUGCAUUUCAUUUUGUACAACAGGUAAGAUUUUGAUUAAAUGUUUAAAUAUUUGUUCUGUUAUUUAUUUUUUCCAAAAGGAAACAAGUAAGAAGUUUAUAUCAGAAAUAGAUAUGGAAUGUAAUUUAGAAUCAGAUAUGGAAUAUUCUUUUGAUAAGCCUACAUGUAUACAAAAAUAUUUGUAACAAAAUUGGAUGAACAAGUAGAUUUUAUUAUUUGGUUUGAUAGAUUUUUAGUACAAGUAACUAUUAAUCCAGGCAUUCGGUAAAUUUCAAAACAGACAAUUACAAAAUCUUUUUUAAUGUAACCUGGUAUUUUUGAAGUUUCAAUUUUAAAUACAUGUUCAAAAUACUUUUUUAAAUCCAAUUUAAUCCACAUUUGAGAUAUGUUUCAUUUCACAGAUUGUAUAAUAUGCAGUUUUCUUGAUAAUAUUUAAAAUGGUACCUGUAGUUUAUAAUGUAAUGAGGGUAAUCUUGUUCUUUAUUGUUGUAAAACUGUUUGAUUGUCUCAUUUCCUCAUUCAAUCCUUUUCUUUCCUCUCUAUCUUCAUAUUACCAUAUUAAAGCUUUUGCAUACCUCCUUUUUAUACAAUCUGUUAAUCACUGUUGUCAAAUUAUAGACUUUUUCAAAUUCAUGCUCAUUUCUACCCAGAAUCCUUGGUGACAAACUAUUGAAUUUGCAUGUUUUGCAUGAUACAAUCUUCAACUUGCAUGUAUUAAAUAUUGCUAUGUCAGUAAAAUCCAUAACAAUCAUUCCGGUUAUCAAGGGGAACUUUAUUGAGAAACAGGAGUUCGACUACCCAAGAUAAAGCCUUGAUCUAUUCAGGCUCGUUUAAGAUGAAAUGAGGUUUAUUACAUCUUCAAUCCAUAUAAACUAAGAUAAUGAUCAAAAUAUAAAAUUUAAUUACUUUUUCAAAAUACUCUUACAUUGUAAUGUAUGCUGUAAUUUCAAUGUUAUCUGCUUUCUGUAAUAGUCAAUAUUGUAUUGUCAUUGAAUAAAAUAAGUGUAUUAGGAAUUUAGGAUAGGUAGUUGUGGCAAGGAAGAAAAUUUAGAAUGAUCAGCUCUAUGACAGUAAAGGGUUAAGUUGUAAAUAGUAUUACAUAUGCUCUAUAUGAAUUAUAUCAAGACUAAUUUUUAUAUUCUAUAUGUUGAACUGUCUCUGUUGUACUUACUCAAAUAGAAAGUCAACUACAACGA